AUGUUCUGGAAUCACUUUAUAAUUAAAUACGCUGAAUGGAGACUACAACACCUGUUGCUGCUCAUCAUUCUCAUACUGUACAGCCUCGUCGGAGCAGUAUCAUUCGUCGCAUUCGAACAGUCCAAUGAAUUGGCUAAUCGUGCGAAAGAUGAAGCCGAUAAACUUCGAAGAAGUGAGAUGGCAAAGUCAAAACUAUUCAAAGAUUUACGUCGAUAUCAACGCAUUUUCUACGGACCGAGAUCAUCGAUGACAUUCAAAAGUCUUCAUUCAAUUAUUGAAAAUUACGAUCAAGAAAUGCAAUUCCACGAUGGCACAGAUCGGCCAAUACGAUGGACGUUAUGGGGUGGACUUUAUUAUGCUGGCACUAUAUACACUACAAUUGGAUAUGGCGAUAUGGCAACUGAGACAACCGGCGGCCGCAUAUUCACAAUGUUCUAUGCGGCUGCUGGCAUUCCCUUAGUGAUUACAAUUCUGAACGAUUGGGGCUCGGUGUUGUUUCAUGCAAUGCAGCUGUUGUGGAAAGCACACUUGCAUCGCGCAGUCAACAAAACCAUUUAUUGGUUCCGUUUGUGGAAACACAAAAUGGGUUUUCAAGAAAAACGCCCGAAGCGUUCAACAAGUGAGCAGAAAUUGGUACGAUCAUUGGCUAUUCUAUUAAAGUGCGAACGGAGCAUCGCCGCAAGUUCACUCGUCUCUUUCACUGAAUUUCGGUUUCAGCUGGAUUGCGACAGCCAGAGCGAUGGCGCAGAAGACUCAAUACCAAUGGCUGCAGUGGUUGUGCUACUUAUGUUUUGGGUUAUGGUAUGCGCUAUAGUGUUCUGCUUCUUCGAGAGUUGGUCCCUAUUCGAAUCCAUAUAUUUCUUCGUCGUCUCACUAACCACGAUCGGUUUCGGCGAUCUGACCCCAAACCAUCGAGUAGCCGUAGCCAAUUUCCUUCUCAUUCUCAUGGGACUAUCCGUUGUGUCGAUGUCGAUUAACGUUGUUCAAAUGCAACUGGAAUCGAUGUUCUCAAAAAUCAUGCACUCUAUCGAUCGUGAUUUCAAAAAGAAAUUAUUGGGUUCGUUUAAACUGCUCGAAAUUCCGCUGAAACAGACCCGAGAAGUGACGAAUUUCUUGGAAACGAAUCGUUCAAACCAUCAGAGUGCAGCAAAGGAAACGCCUGAUGAGACGACUGUUGAAGGAAAACUAAAAACUGAUGAAGACGUUGAAAAAGGCGUUCAGGGCAAGGUUGAAGAAAAGGACUUUAUAAGUGAUUACAAGCAAAAGAACAUCCACGGCACGGAUCGCUUGCUUAUGAUCUUCAUGAGCAAACAUCAGAAGAAGUUGUUGAACGAUCGCUACGAGGCGAGGGCAAGGAUGCGUAACGGAGACUGUCAAACAAGAUGGGAUCGUGAAACCGAGGAAGUUCAAACGGAUAAAGUUAAGCAAUUGGAUGAACUGAAAACGUUGAAACCAUUGCAAGAAGAAGAUGCGCGUAGUUCUCCAGAGAAAUUCUACAUUUACAAUACCGGCGAAUGA